GCCCAGGAUCCAGCAGUUGCCGCUGAGCAGGGUGCGUGGCCGGACUCGCCCCUUUCACCGACAGUGAGCGGUGUAAACGAUGUACGAAACAUAUAAGAAAAGGUUGUGAUUCCAGCAGGAAGGGCGAAACCUCUGGGGAUUAUGAGUGAGCACAUCCGGAGAAAUGAGGAUACCAAAAUUAGCCAUCGCCUUUUUUUUUCUCUUCUGUGUGGCGCUAUACGUGAUGUAUAUCAAAUGGCACAUUGAAGCUUUACCUCUCACAGACUCCAAAGACUACCUGAAAUUAAAAAAUGACCCAGAUAAUCUUUGCCAGCCCAUGUCGGAAGAAGAAGACAGUCGCUAUUUCCUGUAUGGAAUUAUGUUUGACGCCGGGAGUACAGGAACAAGGAUCCAUAUUUUUAAAUUUAAACAAAUGCCAAACGAUUCCCCAAAAUUGGAACAUGAAAUAUUUAAAGCUAUAAAACCUGGCCUAUCUGCUUAUGCGGAUGAUCCUGAAAAAUGCACUGCUGGAAUCGAGGAACUCUUGAUCACUGCGAAACAGACCAUUCCCUGUUCCCGUUGGAAAAGCACUCCUUUAGUACUGAAAGCCACAGCCGGGCUUCGCUUGUUACCUGAUGAGAAAGCAGAAGACUUGCUCAACCAGGUGAGAAAUGUUUUCCAGAAAUCUCCAUUUCUAAACAAAGCUGACUGUGUUUCUAUCAUGGAUGGCACUGAUGAAGGUAUUUCUGCGUGGAUUACUGUGAACUUUUUAUUAGGCAGUUUGCAUGGCUCGCAGCAGAGAACUGUUGGCAUGCUUGAUAUGGGAGGAGGUUCUACGCAAAUAACAUUCUCUCCACAAGAUGAGGUGACCAUCCAAACCUCUCCAGUAGAUUACAUUACGUCUUUCCAGAUGUUUAAUAACACCCACACGCUGUAUUCACACAGUUAUCUUGGGCUUGGUUUAAUGUCAGCAAGACUUGCCAUUUUAGGAGGAAUUGAAGGUCACCCUUUGGAAGAAGGAGAAGAACUGCAGAGUCCUUGCUUGGCUCCAGACUACAGAGGAGACUGGGAGCAUGCCGAGGUGGUCUACACUCUGAGGGGUCAGAAAGCAGGAGAGCCCAUCUAUGAGUCCUGCUAUAAUAAAGUAGAGAAAAUGCUGUACAAGAAAGUGAAAAAUGCAGGCGAGGAGAAAGACUUGGACUUCUUUGCUUUUUCAUAUUAUUAUGACCGGGCCGUAGACGCUGGUCUCAUUGAUGAACGUUCAGGAGGAGUCGUCAAAGUUGAGGAGUAUGAAAUGGCAGCUAAAAAAGUGUGCACAAGCAUGGAAACUAAACCAGGAGAGAAGCCAUUUCUGUGUCUCGAUCUGACCUACAUCUCUGUAUUACUGCAAGAACUGGGCUUUCCGAAAGAGAAGGUCUUCAAGCUUGCCAGAAAGAUUAACGAUGUGGAGACCAGCUGGGCGCUUGGAGCCACCUUUCGUUAUAUCGAGUCACUUCAAAGGCAGCUUUGAAGCCUUGAAUCAAAUGAAGAAGAUGAAGGAAACUCCUUGGGUAAAAGAUACAAGCACACCAUUGGUGUCUCACUCUCUUUAUUUUUGUGGUACUGUAUUACUCAGCUUAUGUUCUUCAUAUACAUGACAUUUAUUUAAGGAGGUGUUAUUGCAUCUGUGGGCACACAUGUUAAAGCUGCCCAGGGUUCUCCUUACUGGUGGCAGCUCCAAAGUGCCAAUACAUAUGGAUGUGAAAACUGAGGUACUGUAGGUGGACAUACACUGAGGGAGGAGAAACCUUCUGCAGACGACUGUCAUUGUGUACAAUUGAGUGACGCUUUUAUGUCAUCUUAAAAGUGAUUUGGACAAUGUGACAAAAAAAAAAAACAGUAAACAUACUGUAGCAAGAGUGACAAGACGUUCUGCUGCAGUUCAGUAUUUGGCAUACUGUAUGUCUAAAAAUGCCACACUGUACACUUUUAGAUGCAUCAACGAUGGUCAUCCUUGUUUUAGGGCGCAUUCACACUGGAGCUUUGUAAAUUUCCAGCGUUUUGACAUUUUUCAAUCUUUAAUUCCCCCCUCCAGUAUUUUCAGGAAACAUUUCACAGGUAAAAUUUGACUUCCGUCAUUUCCUGUCACCAGUUUGUGGGUUGACCAGAAUGUCUUCUGUGACUUUGUUUUUUUUAGCCUGGAGAUCCCAGUACUCGGAGAUAGUUUAUCACCACAGGUAUUUGUCACGUAUUGGGUUAAGAGUGUCAUAGAAAAUAAUGGCAGGGAGCUUCACAAGUCAUUUAGUCUGGUCCAGGGUUAAAAAGGUUUAGGUGUGAAUGGGCCCUAAAUCUGCACCACAAUGUAAGAUGCUUUGAUUUUAGUCUUAGCAGCCAUGUCAAGUCUGCCUAAUCAUUUCCAAGACAAGUUGGAUUUGUUCGUUCAUUUAUUCGUUUGUUCAUGUAUUUAUUUGUUCGUUCAUUCUUUCAUUGCUUUUCUGCUGUCCAUUGUUCAAGUUUUGUCACUUUUAAUUUGUAAAAGCAAGCUUUUCAACAAAAAGGAUCCAGGAUUGGAAUGUUUUACAUUUAGUCAUUCACUGUACUAGCCAAGCAGCUCAAUUACUUGAACCAAUUGAAAAUGAUUUAAAGUUGUUGGGGGCAAUUGUAACCUACAAUACCGAGAUUGUAGUAGGAAUCUUAACUGAGUGCUGGCACUAGGAUUUUAUAAAACUCUACAACUUAAAAAGGUUUCUGGAUCUUCCCUUGUGUCUGAAAAUUAAAAGCCCAGAAAUUACCAUCAGUUAUCAUGUAGUGGGGGAGAGGUGGGGGUCUCAGUGCAACACAUGUAUACAAAGUGAAGAACACUUCUUACAGCUCAGGGUGGGGGUACACGGGUGGGAGCACCGAUCCCAUUGAUGGCCAGUGUGGAAUGUACUGAAGGGAGACAAUAAAUUACUUGUGAGAAUAUAAUCAAUUUUUAUCUUAACAAUUUCCAUUCAGUAUUUUACAUCUUUAUUAACAUUAACUCAUGCUGGCCUGAAUUUCAUUUUUUUUUUUAUAUUAUUAUUCCCAAGUAAUAAGGAGAGGAAGUGAUUAUACAGUUCCGGAGCAGUGCAUGCAUUCUGAGAAGUUUGUACGAAUGGUCCAUCUGUCCAUACUGUUAAUAUUGAUUCACUGGCAUUAAGAGUUAGGAGAGCUUAAAUCCCUCAGAUCAAUAAAAUGUCACAUCCACAAGAACUCCUCGACAGGAUUCAGGAUAUUUCAUAUGCUGUAGAGCAGCUCUUUAAUGAAUUUUAUUAAUUCUCUCUUUAAAGCUGCUUUUGUAAUUUAUUUUUCAAAUCACAUGCGUCACCAAGUCACUUUAUCAGUUAUCUACUUGCUCUUAUAGGAUUGUUUCUCAUUGAUAAAGGAGUUGUCUUAAUACGUAUUAACACUUUAAUGAAAAUGCUCUUGGCAUUGAGCCCUGCAAGCACCAGCUAUGUUUUGGUCUUAAGGCUCCAUUUCCUCCACUGGUGGUCUGAAUCGGGCUGUUGCUCAUGGGUGGGCUCAUCACACUAUGCUGAUGCGUCUUCGUUCAGUACAUCUGAAGUUGCCAGCAUGCCUGUUGCUCUUCUCCUAUUCAACUGCAUGCCCUACUUCAUGUUGUAUUUCUAUUGACAGGCACUCCACUGUAGUCUGCCAAAUCAAACCCCUAUACAUUACACACUGGUGAAGAAAAUCGAUUCACACCCCAAUGAAAACUGAACUUGGUGUGAGAGAAAUUGGCUUUUUUUUUUUCUUUUUUAAAUCAAGCCUGUUACCUGUGCGGCCCUCAGAGCUUAACCAUGAACAUUCUCUCAGUAUUCUUAAGCACACUUGUGCUUCAGUUUCAAAUCUUUUAGUGAGGCUGCUCAAACAUCUCACCAGACAGGCCACCUGUUCUUUAAGGGUGAACACAUCAUCUGUGGUGGUCCAUUCCAUCAUCCCCAUAGGGAAACUAACUUCAUUUGAAAUUUGGCUCAAAUUUUCUAUGUGCCACAAAUGUAAGCCUUGUUCAUGCAGAGGAUGAAUGUGAACUUGGACUUCAUGUCUGGGAUAAUAACGAGGUUCAGCAUGGACAGCUAAUUAAAUUUGUGACAUCACAUACUUUUUUCCUGAGCUUGUACCGUAACUGACAACAGUAGCCCAGUGGACAACUCAAUUGUAGCUUGUGCGAUUUCUUAAAUGGCACUAAUGUCAGAGUAUGUUGCCUCCACAAUAAAGAGUGGGCACAGCCUGGCACCGGUUUACUAAUGAACAACUGAAAGCACUAAAUUAUUGCAUUUUAUUAAUUAGGUUAGCAUCUGAGAUAACCACAGUAUAAUAAUAAUAUGGCCACACUUCUCUACCAGCUUCAUUUACACAUGAAACACAAUGCAAGAUGACGUACUUGUUUGAGGGGUUGUGGCAGCCCAAGAGUACCACCAUGUAUUACCAGUGCACUGCUAUUCAACAGCAUGGCUUUGUAUUAAAGCAGCAAUACGCUUUUGCUGAAGAAAAAGUAGGAACUGGAAACAUACAAAAACCUUAACACUAAAUUAAAACAUGCCUUACAGGAAACACUGCCUCAAGUUUUAUUGGUCCUUAAAACACAAUGCGGCUUACUGGUAAUGCAGUUUAGUUAGAGCAGGUAACAAGCCAGCUGAAGAACAUGACGAGAAACAAGGACUGCACUUCUGUAAAAACCGGCAGGUGGGGCGCUCAAGUUUGAACUGUGCUUUGUGAAUAAACAGCCAAUGAGCAAACAAAUGGAUGUCUAACACACAAACUGUGAAUUUUGUACUUGGUUUAUGCUGAAUCUUUGUACUACAUAGUUCAAUGAAAUGUUUAAAGCAAAAAAAAAUUAAACCAUUUGGCCAUUAAAGUGAAAAUUCAUACCUUGU